AAAUUUAUCAUAACUUACAUCCCGAUCUCAAACGGCGGGCAUCUCGGAGCAAUCUUAUCUAUAUUCCUGACGAACACAUCCUCCCGUCCCGAUCCCCUGUAAGAUGUGUGCGCCGGGGAUCUCAAGUCUACACAACAAUCACAGGCCAUUAGCAAACUGUUCCAUCCAGCACUUGUCUCAUGUCUUCAGAUACUUGGCUUAGACAUCCGCGAGUAGAGUUUGUCGGGACUUCCGUCUUAGUUAAAAAUACAAGAUAACAAUUGAGAAAACUGCUACGCGCACAAGGGAGACCGACAUUUGUUCGAAGUGGGAUUAUCAAUUUUGGGUUUUGGUUGCCUCGAGCAGAAUGUCAGAGCCGCGGUCCAAAUCUCCUCAGGGCGGAGAAAAUGGUCAGGAUUCGGGAGCACAGGACGAUAAGCCGCGCCUGACCGAAGAGGAGAAGAAACAAAACCAUAUCGCCUCGGAGCAAAAGCGCAGAGAAGCGAUUAGAGCUGGGUUCGACCGCCUCUGCGACCUCGUACCUGGUCUGGAAGGCCACGGUCGUUCCGAAGGUUUUGUACUGAAGGAAACGGUGAAGUAUAUGAGGGAGCAACUUGCCCGACGACGCGAAUUAGUUGAGGAAGCCGAGACGCGGGGAGCUACUGUCCCAGAUCACUUGAAAGAGCCUGUCAAAAUUCUAGAGAGGAUGGAGGCCCGGCAGAGGGAUUUACAUGAAAGGUUUGGAGGAAAAAGUUCGGACGGAGAGGGCUCAUGAUGUAGAUGACGGCCAAAGCGCAGGCAUUGUCAUCAAUGUUUACUCAGAUCAUAAAACGACUAGAUAUGGGAUUAAUAUGAAUAUAAUGGAUCAAUUGAAGCAGACUACAGAGUCUACGAUUUUUUAUUAUUCG